GCUACGUAUUGCUAUGCGCUCGUAUAUACAAGAGGAGAUAUAGAUAGUCUGUCGCGACGUGCUAUGAAAACGGAACUCCUAACUGUUCGCAAUCCUACGCACUCCAUAAAUUGAAUCGGCUGUAAUCAAAUAAGGCUCGUUGGUGGAACGACUAAUCGGAGCGCGCGGUACGAAGAUCCAACUGCGCAUUUACUUGUUAGAGACACUUUCAAUAAUAAUAAUCUUUUUUGUAAUGAUGCAUUUGUCGACAUUGUUCACGGCCACGAACGCCUCAUCGCGUCUAAAACAUCUGUGCAAUCUUUUUUAAGCGACAAUUAUAAUGCAUAAAUAAUCUAAGAAUAAUGUGUACGAUCCAAAUUGUUUGAAAUUAAUGUAAUAUCAAUGUGUUAAAACAUUUUUAGUGCACAAAUUUUAGAAACAACGAAGCGGGGACCGUAUGAUGCCCUUUUCUACUCGAAUUGAGUAUUUCGCAGUCAAUGCAUUCGACGCGCAUGUGCGAAAAAAGCGUGGCGGACCCGUUAAUCGAGCGAGAGGAAAGACGGAGGGAAAGAAAAACAGACAGAGAAAGAACAAGAGCGAGAAACGCGUUUCGAAAGCACCUGUCAGCAAAACGUUUCCUUGGGAAUAAUGCCACGAUGUCACGUAGGAGUGCCUGCGACCAAAGGACUGCGGUGGUUGACCAUGAAAGACAGUUUCAGGAAGACUUGGAACGGGCUCAAGCCCUCAGUUUGGAAAGUUUGGCCUUAGAAAGAUUUAGAUUACAGAAGUUGGAGUCACAGUUUAAUAAUGUACAACAAUCUUGCACUGCACAAAACAAUGUAUGCAAUACAAACAGUACAUCAGAAUCAGAUGGCUCGCAGGGAGAAAGAUCCCAGUGCAGAAGUCGACCAAGACCAGGAUCCAUUAACACAAAUCAAAAGAGUACUGCAAUAUUAGCACCACCUCCAAUACCAUGUAGGAGAAAUUCGACAACUACUGUAGCAGGUCAAGAUGUUACUGAUUUAAUCAACUUUACAAGCCCUGUGAAGCAGGAUAAUCUGGCCGAAUACUGUUCAGCACCACCUCCACCACCACCGAAAGCACCAGUAGAACCUAAAUGGGAUACACAUCCAUCUUUAUUGAAGAAACAAUCAAGAGUAUCUCGAAGUAAUAGUUCAGUUGGUGCAUAUCAUUCCAGAGAUUUCAGAUAUCAUUCUCUUUCUCCAGGCCCCCGAUCUUCCACAGCACCAUGUACGCCAGGAACACCUGGAACGCCAGGAAUUAGUCCUGUAAUGUCAAGAGCUAGUAGUGUUAGCAACAAUGUACCUGAUAUUGCACCACAGAUUCCUCCAUUGCCUAUGAAUUAUAGACCAACCGUUACACCUGCCAUAUGUGCUCCAUCAGCAUCGGCGUUCUCUAAGGAUGAUGAACAGUUGAACGUAUUAAAAGUGAUAGAGAAAAAACCAAAUAGCAAUCUUAUAGAUUUAAAUAGUUUUGAGCACAUAGAGGACAAGCCAAAUGCGCGAGUUAGUGUAUUGGAGGCGUUUGAUCCUUUACUUAUUAAGACUGACUGUGGACAUGAUUCAACGCAAGAACACAAAAAUGAUUCACAGUCGCAGGUUAGUGGCAGUGUAUACGAUCCAUUCGAUCCGUUUGAUUACAUGUACAGUACAAACGAAAGCGUCAACUCGGAUCCGGUUUACGCUGCUGUGGAGAAAUCUGCAAAAUCGCCAGCCUUGUCGCCAGCCGCACCACCUCCAUUGCCUCCUCGAAAUUCGGCUGCAUGGAAUACCAUAGAAAGACGGAAAACUUCUUUAGAUCGUCGACAAAAGCAUCAAACUCGAUUAUACGAAAAUGUAAGAGUUAAGAAAACUAGAUCAUCUCUUCAUGAUUGUGAUCUGAAAGCGUUUCACGAAAUGAUAAAAUCUAUACGAGGCGAGUUUCCGUUUAAUGAUCCUGGUACAAAUAUUGGAUACGUUGUCAGUCCAAUGAUGGAGAACUUGUAUCCAGACGGUACAAGUAUAAAAUUAGUAGUUCAUCCGCAAUUAGUUAAUAACGACAAAGAUCCUGCACAAUCUAUUUCUUUCACUUGUAAUGUGAACUGCAGCGUGGAGCACGUUAUUUUGAAUGUCGCCUGUUCCUUGGAGGACGAAGAUACAGUGAAUGUAGAAAAGUAUUGUUUGAGAGUAUGGGGACUAGCUGAAUACCUGGCACCUAACACGACUUUAGCACAAUACGAAUACAUACAUCAGUGCAUCAAAUUAGAAAAAGAUAUCGAGUUAGCUGUAAUGAGCAGGGCACAAAUUAAGCAAUCCAUCGCACGAACACUGCAAGAUGACAAUCGUGAUCAGUGUCUAAGAUUAGAAGAUAUUCUACCGAAUGAACCCUCGCAGCCUAUUUCAUAUGAUACAUUAAUUAUUUUAUUAGAGACAGUAGAGAAAGAAAUGGAACGCGUGGAGACCGCGGCGCAACAAUUGGCAACCACCAAUCAAGGUUCUGCUUUACUACCUCAACUUCAACCGCACGGCGUAGUACAAGCUGUAAAAGCAGUGUGUGCCUUAAUGGGAAGUAUUGAGACGGUCGAAACCACGGAGGCCGUCGACAACUUCGUAAACGCUUGCUGCCAAUUUCUACCACAAGCUCACACAGCUAACAUAGAAUGCAAGAAACCAGAGAUCAUACACGAGGAUGGCGAUUACGCUGUAGUCACUCUGAGAAAAAAGUUCCCCGAUGUGAUUUCCUCCCAUUGUCACAAAAUUCGCGAUGCUAUCCAAGAACUCGUCGAGACGUACUGUCAUGCGUUUAGAGUCGAUUUUCAGCUGAGCAGCAAAGGCGAAUUUCCGACAAAUACGCUGAUUUCGUCAGAGGUAAUUGAUACUAUUCUGGUGCGCGUUGGGGCUCUGCACAGGCUACCAACCUCGUGGAAACACGAUGAUUAUAUAGUGGCAGCUCAAAUCUUCCAUGGAACCAGGCCGGUCGGGAAUCCAGUUUUGUCGGAGCCGAUGACUGUCAGUACAAACUAUCAUCCGCGGAUUUUAUUUAACUCAUGGUUGGAAUUUCACGGAAUAAGUGUUUGUCAAGUACCAAGAGAAGCCAGACUCGUGCUAGUUCUUUACGGACGAACGUUGCAACCCGCAGAGCACGAGUCAAAUUCAUCCGCAGAGAACGCAAUGCAGAAGGAAGAGCUCGGAUGGGGCGCCAUACAGUUCUUCGAUUACGACGGCGUUAUGAGCCAAGGGAGUUUUUUUCUGUCCCUUUGGCCAGCCCUUGCAGACAAACGAUUAGGUCCGGCGCCAGCGCCUGGAAUUCACCCGCGCGGCGACACGCAUCCCAUCAUCGGAGUAGAACUACCAGAUUACGGUGGAAAGGUGUUGUUCCCCACGGAAUUGAGAGAUUACGAUGUGGAGUCGUUAGAUUUUAAUUCGUUAGAUCAGAACACGCAGGAGCUAUUAAUAGAUAUCACGCAGCAGGAUACAUUUUCGAGACCGCCCGUCGACGAACGGGAAAUUUUAUGGGAGAAAAGACAUUACUUACACGACAGACCCGAAGCUCUACCUAAAGUAUUAUUAGCUGCGCACAGUUGGGAUUGGGCGUGCUUACCGGACUUACACGCGUCGCUCCGAGUCUGGAGUCCACUGCCUCCAGUGCAAGCCUUACAAUUACUUUUACCAUGUUUCCCAGAUAUGAAAGUCAGAGAGAUGGCAGUUGAAUGGAUCCGCGAGCUGAGCAACGAUGAACUCGUCGAUUAUCUGCCGCAGCUACUUCAAGCAAUGAAACACGAGACGUACGAAGCCUCACCUCUGACUCGGUUCUUGUUAGAGCGUGCCUUACUUUCACCGAGAGUGGCCCAUCACAUCUACUGGUUGCUAACUCAAGCGCUGCCGGGACAAAGUCCCCAGGUACAGAAUUCUUCUGAAAUUACCGCGGAAGAUGACAAAGCUAUCAGUUACGCUCGCUAUCACCGAAGAUUGCAGUUAAUGUUAAGAGCGUUGCUGGCUGUUAUUGGAGAUGCACUGAGAAAGAGUUUUCUCACUCAACAAUUACUUGUUAAAAACCUGCACGAAGUAGCUGAAAAUAUUAAAAUUGUGAAGGAUUCGUUACGAGUGGAAACGCUUAAAAACGGCUUACAAAAUAUACACUGCCAGUUAAUGGAGGAUGACGGCACAUGCUUGCCACUGUCUCCCAGUAAGCUGGUGUUCGGUAUCAACGUACAGACAUGUGCCUAUUUCCAAUCGUUCACUCUCCCGUUGAAAAUUAACUUUCUCAGUUGCGACAAUGUGAUAAGUCCGGCGAUCUUCAAGGUUGGCGACGACUUACAGCAAGAUAUGUUGACUCUCCAAAUGGUUCGCAUUAUGGACAAACUGUGGUUGAAGGAAGGCCUCGAUCUGAAAAUGGUCACUUUCGCCUGUGUGCCCACUGGCCACAAACGCGGAAUGAUAGAAAUGGUAACGAAUGCAGAGACAUUGCGGAGGAUCCAAGUUGAAUUCGGGCUAACCGGGUCGUUUAAGGAUCGACCGAUCGCUGAGUGGUUAGCCAAGCACAAUCCUUCGGAACUGGAGUACGAGAGAGCGGUGGAAAAUUUCACCGCGUCUUGUGCCGGCUAUAGCGUUGCCACUUACAUUUUAGGAAUUUGUGAUAGACAUAACGAUAAUAUUAUGCUGAAAACGUCAGGUCAUUUGUUUCACAUUGACUUCGGAAAGUUCCUUGGUGAUGCACAAAUGUUUGGAAACUUCAAGAGAGACAGAACACCAUUUGUGCUGACAUCGGAUAUGGCGUAUGUUAUAAAUGGAGGAGUUAAACCGUCAGCGAAGUUUCACCACUUCGUGGAUUUGUGCUGUCAAGCUUUUAAUAUAGUGCGGAAACAUGGAAAUCUAAUUCUUCAUCUUUUCGGAUUGAUGACCUCCUCCGGUAUUCCUGGAGUGACCAUGGAUGCAGUUAGUUACGUGCAGAAGGCUCUGCUUCCUGGACAAACGAAUCCCGAAGCCGCGGCGACGUUCGCUCGGAUGAUAGAAAGUUCGUUGAAAAGCUGGUUUACGCAGUUUAACUUCUUUUUACAUAAUCUGGCGCAGCUCAGAUUCUCCGGAGAUCACAGCGAAGGGGAAUUGUUAUCCUUCAUUCCGCGCACAUAUACAAUGCAACAGGAAGGUCAACUGACAAGCGUGCAAGUUCACGGAUAUCAAAAACGUUACGACCCGGAGAAAUAUUACAUGUACAUUUUACGGAUACAGCGGAAAAACCAAGCAGAUCCGACAUACCUGUUCCGAUCGUACAAAGAGUUUUGUGAAUUCUACCAGAAGUUAUGCAUACAUUUUCCACUUGCUAAAGUGACCAGUUUACCAAGUGGGAUGAGCGUGGGACGCUCUAAUAUUAAACAAGUGGCUGAUAAACGACGAGCUGAUAUAGAAAAAUUCCUUGUAAGCCUAUUUAAAAUGGCACCCGAAAUUUCCCAAAGCGAUCUGGUGUACACUUUCUUCCAUCCGCUGUUACGAGACCAACAGAAUGCCGACAUCCGUUUGCGUAAAGUCAAAGUUGGAAACUGGUGGGCCGAGAAGAAAGUUAGAGACAACGUACAAAGCGGUCAGAUCAAAUUGUCUCUUCACUAUACUCGCGGUACUUUAUCCGUCAUGGUUUGUCACGCUCGAGGACUCCCCAAAGUGGCGAACAGUCAAGAGCCGAAUACGUAUGUGAAGGUAUAUCUUAAACCCGAUCCUACGAAGGCGACAAAACGGAAAACGAAAGUGGUGAAGAAGAAUUGUUAUCCGUCAUUUAUGGAAAUGUUGGAGUAUAGAAUGCCGCUGGAAGUAAUCAAAGAGAGAACACUCGAAGCAACGAUAUGGAAUCACGAUACUCUGCAGGAGAAUGAAUUUCUCGGUGGUAUAUGCUUACCACUCGGGCGUCUUGACUUGACGAAUGAAACGAUUGAAUGGUUUCCACUAGGUAGUGUACGAUGAAGCGAGUAUAAAGACUGCCCUGGAGUAUGAAGUCUCUUAAUGCUCAUAGAUAAUACUAUUAGAACGUAGAAAACAUAUUCGGCACAACAUAUUAAAGCUUCUCUAUCAUGCAGCCAAGUGCGAUAAUCACUGUGCUUAUUCACGAUACAAAGCUAAGUUUAUACAGCUUUGUGCGUCUAGUGGAGGUUUGUUUCUUUAACGAAGUAAUUUCAAUAAGCGAUAAGCAUUAAAAACUAUGUGAUAUUCAAAAGAUAGCUAUAUACAAAAAGAGAGUCAACUUUUACAAAAGUUGAUAAAAGAAUAGUUUACAUAAUAAUUAUCUAUGAAGUAUUUAAAUAUGUAUAUGUCGAAAUCUGCAUAAGAAGGUAUCACGAAGAAAAGAGAAUGUUGCAAAAGAUGAGGAUUAUAUAUCGUGUUUGCAUAAUCUUCUAAUUAUAUUUUUUGACAGGAAAUACCUGAAAAGAUGAAAGAAUUCAGCAUGAAUUUAAUAGAUUUACAUCGGGAUUUUACUCUUUUACAGACAUUUUAUAUCACUUAUUUAUUUAUAUCACUUUUUACCGAUUUUAAAUCACCAAAAUUGUAAAUAGAUUGAAUAUAUUGAUCAAGUGUAUUGCACAAUACGUAGUAAUGAAAUCAUUUGUAAUCUAAUGAACUAUCAAACUGAAUUUCUACAAAGAUAUUUUAUAGUCAAAUGAAAAUUUACAAUUUUUAUCAUAUAUCUAGUUAAAAAUUGAACUUUAUAUACAACAUACAUAGCAGGAAUAUGUUUCGUGAAUUUCUAUGAUGUUAUUUUAUUAUUAGAAGAAAAGUUUACAUAACUGCCUGUCUAUGUAAUGGCCUCAUUUAUAACAAACGAACCUAUAAUAUUAAUGAAAUUAUGUAAAUACAUUAUUAAAUUUAUGUAACAAAUUAUUUGUAAUUAAUAUUUAUUCUACAUUUCUCCUACAAAUUAAUAUAGAAAUGUAGAAUUCGGAAUUUUUAGGCACUUAAAAAGCUUUGAAAAUAGUUCUUGCUGUCUCCCUUUCUUCUUGUUAUUCUUUUUCUAUCUGAAAAUUAUAGGAUGGAAAAUUUUUAUUUCAAAAAACUUCUAUUUUAGAUAAAUUAUUUUCUAUUCCGUACAAAUUUCUGGAAUCCUCUAUUCUUUGAAAAUACUUGAAUUUCAAGUUGCAAAUUCUCUUUCCUUGAGUCUUUGAUUUUUUUCUUCUUGGAUUUAUUUGCAUUGAAAUAUGUUUUAUUUUAUAAAUAUUGUAUUUGUUGAAUAUUUUUUUUUAAUGAAUUAAACACAUCCACGUAAUUAGUUUUGAUUGUAUUAAAAAAUUAAUAGUGCUAAAACAACUAUUUCUUUAAACUCAAAAAUUUAUGUAAAAUGAUAUUCAAUCUGUAAUAUCUUUAAUUUAAUAAUUUAGUACUAUCUAGCAAUAAAAUCGGAAUCUUCUUUCAAUUUAUUUAAAUAAUUAAAAUUAAUAAGUAUCCUAUAUAUAAAAGUAUAUAAAUGAUUAAUACAUUCACUGAUAUGUAUCGUCUCACAACAAAUAUCAAUUUUUAUUAAAGUAUAUCACGAAGUAGGAAAUCAUAUAAUCGUCUGUGAAAUAAAUACCUACGAGGUACUCGCUAUUAUUUUUACUGAUUGUAUAUUUUACUAAAUGUGUUUGCUAAUUUUACUUUUAAAAUUAAUAUUCACAUUUUACAUGUGGCAAUUAGAUUUGGAGAUAUAUUAAAAAAUCAUAGAAAUAUUUCUCAUAAAUUUAAAUAAACUACCCCUUUAUUAUCUGCUGUUGACA